AUGUUUUUAAUCAACUCUGGAAAAAACGUUUUCAACACUUUGAAAGAAUUAAUUCAAAAAAAUCUUCCACUGUUGAAUGAACAACAGAAGUAUGUAUUUGAUACUCUUAUGAAAGUAACAAAUGAUGAUACUGGAGGGAUAUAUUUUUUGGAUGCACCUGGUGGUACAGGAAAAACUUUUUUGAUUUCAUUAAUAUUAUUAACAAUUCGUUCACAAAAUAAAAUUGCACUUGCACUCGCUUCCUCUGGAAUCGCAGCAACUUUGCUUGAAGGUGGUCGAACAGCCCAUUCAGCACUAAAAUUGCCAUUAAAUAUGCAAAGCAAUGAAUUUCAAAGCUACAACAUUUCGAAGAAAUCUGCAAUUGCAAAAGUUUUGCAGAAUGUCAAUUGA